UUUCUUCUCUUAUAGUACAAGUUGCACGGGCAUUGCUUAUUGACAUGGAACCCAAAGUCAUCAGUCAGACACUACUAAAAGCAGUUAAAUCUGGCAAAUGGAAAUAUGGUGAAAAGUCAUACUUUUGUCAGAAACAGGGAUCUGGAAACAAUUGGGCCGAUGGAUUCUGUGCACAUGGACCUAGGCACACAGAUGUGCUUAUGAACAUGAUACAACAUGAAGUGGAAAAAUGUGAACAUAUGGGUGGGUUUUUCACCCUGAUGAGCAUGGCGGGUGGUACAGGAUCAGGAUUAGGAACAUAUAUAACACAGUGUCUACGUGAUGCCUAUCCAAAAUCUUUCUUUCUUAACGAAGUGAUUUGGCCUUAUGGUACUGGUGAGGUUAUUGUACAAAACUACAAUUCUGUACUGACCCUUUCCCAUCUAUACCAAUCUGCUGAUGCCCUCCUUGUGCAUGAAAAUGAUACAGUUCACAAGAUCUGUGCUCAGUUAAUGGGCCUUAAGCACAUUUCCUUCAAAGAUGUUAACCAAGUAAUAGCACAUCAGCUUGGUGGUGUACUGCAACCCGCAUACUCUUCAGUGGGGGCUACUGCAUAUGGGCAAAAUCCAGUAGGAAACUUGCUAGAGAGCUUAUCUCCACAUCCCGAGUAUAAGCUAAUUAGCAUAUUUAAUAUUCCGCAGAUGGCAGAAGCAUCAUUGGCAUAUAGUGCAUUCACAUGGCCUGGACUUUUAAAACAUCUCAGACAAAUGCUUAUUGCCAGUAGCAAAAUGGAGGAAGGUAUAAACUGGCAGGUACGUCCCCCACCAGCUGGUCUUCCUUCUGAAGCGAAACAGUCUCCAAAUAAACAGGUGCACUUCAAUAGUUCUGUUGCCAAUCUAAUCGUUUUACGAGGAAAAGAUGUUGAUGCUGCAGACACUGCUUGUUUCAAAGAUUCAGCAUUAUAUACCUCCUGGAUUCCACCGCACGUUGCCUUAAAUGUCUGGAGAACAUGUAGGCCCUUUAACAAGUAUGAAAAGUCUGCUACCUUGGUCAGCAAUAGUCAGUGUCUACUGAAGCCUCUGGACUCUGUUGUUAGAAAAGCUUGGAAUAUGUUUGCUUCGAAGGCCUAUGUUCACCAAUAUACCAAGCAUGGAAUUACAGAAGAUGAUUUUCUGGACAGUUUUGCUGUGCUGGAGCAAGUCAUUUCUAGCUACUCAAGUCUCUAGUGCUGACCUAAUUCAAUUGUGAGGGGACAGCAGUAUCAAACACUUGAUAAAAGAAUGUGCCUUUUGGUGGGAGGGUCACUGUAGCAGUAAUUUAUAAUGCAUUAGCGAAGUAGUGCUUAUCUGUUCUUUUUUUUUUUCCCUGCAUCUGUAGUUGACCCUGUAGGUGUGCUGACAUUAGUCUCAAUAUAGGAACCACUAUAACAAAAACGCAAAGAAAAACAACUAGCCAGUUGAAUCCACCAAUAAUUUAGUAAAAUAAUAAAAACUUGUAACUCAGCUCAGCUCUAAUGUCUCGGCUCACCACACAAGCCUUCAAGGAGUAAAAACACAUCAGAAAAACUUGCCUCAUAUACUAUGUUCAAUUAAACAAUUAAUUAAAUAGUUAAAUCA